UAACAUCGAGCGUGGGUAUCUGUGUCUCUCGCACAUUGCCAACGGCACGGGUUCACAUUCAGGAUUAUUCUGGUUUAUUAUGCUGAAAAAGUUGUGCCCUAGUGUUGUGAAAAUCUGCAACUGUAAAUAUAGUUGAAGGUUAAGUUCACUCAUUUUGCGAAAGUUUGUUCGUUAUUUUUCCUAAUAAUGCACUUGAAAAAGGUUUGUUUACAAGCAGAUGUGUACAUGGUUUGCUUACAGCAUGCACUGUCCACUGAAAAUUUUGAAGUGAUGGGCCUUCUUAUUGGUGAUAAUGCAGAGGGUGUUACUACCAUAUCUGCUGCGAUAAUUUUAAGACGAUCAGACAAAAAAAAAGACAGAGUAGAAAUAUCUCCAGAUCAGCUGCUGAAAGCUACAAAUGAAGCUGAACGUUUGACAGAGGAGCUCCACAAAAGAGUGAGGGUUGUUGGAUGGUACCACUCGCAUCCACACAUCACAGUUUGUCCAUCCCACGUUGAUGUCGGGACGCAAGCAAUGUAUCAGAUUAUGGACUCGAGUUUUGUUGGCCUGAUAUUUUCAGUAUUCUCAGAAGACAAAGGCUCAAAGGAACAAGAAGUAUCGUUAACUUGUUUUCAAUCAGACGAUGGGAAAUCUAAAGAAAUACCUUUAGUUAUUAAACCUACAAAAGAUAUAUCGACCAAUUGUUUAAAGACUAUGACUGAGUUACCUAAAAUUUUGGCACAAGAGGAAGAAGAGAUGGCUGAAGGCACUAGAAACCAUCCCGACCUUCUUGUUUCUAUACACAAUAAUGCAGUGCAAACUCGAGCACUCGGCCAUGUUACCGAUAUUAUCACCAGGCCAUUAGUACAAACGUUUUACGGAAGGUAUGAGUCUAAUUUAACAAAAAUAGAUUAUCUUCAUAAGCAAAUUCAGCAUUUGGAAAGAGAAUUGCAAAAUCAGUAAAAGUUAAAAUUAAACGCGAGUUCGACGUUAAUUACUUAAUGCUGCACAUGUUUGUAAGCAGUAUCUGUAAAUUUGGGAAUACAAACAUAAAUUUAUAAUUUUAGACGUAAGAAAUAAAUACUUAUUA